GCGUGCACUCCGCUUCCGCCAUGGCAAAACGUCCCACCGCUCGAGCGCGUGCCUCUCGUGUGACUUCCGCCACCUCCACAACUCCCGCCCUCGCCAACCUCAAAUCCGAGUACCUUCUCUCCCAGCAAGGAAAUUCCCGCUUGACGAAAAAGUCCAAACGAGACCAGAAGCAUGAUGCGCUUCUCGCUCGCGUCCGAGAAGGCUCAGGAAUCAGCAAAGGCGGCAGAUCUCGCGGCAAUGGCACCAGCAAAACUCGCCGGCCGAACAAGAAGCUCAAAACCGACCUCGAUGAGAUGAAAUCCGCCCUCGAAGACGUCGAGAUGGAAGUCGAGAAUAGCAGCGGCGACAAUGGAGCAGAGAAGAGUGGCCCCUAUGCUGAAGACGAAUGGGAAUGGGAAGGCGUAUCCGACACAUCGCAGACCAAAGGCGAAGGAGAAGACGACGACAGCAUGGCGAUCAGCGGCAUAACGAAUAUCGGCAAACUUCGUCGACGAAGGCGCAAAGUUCCUGCUGCAGAAGGAGGCAAGAUGGUCAUGAAGAGUCUGAAGCAUAGACCGGGCAGUAUGAAGCGGAAGAAAGUGCUCGAGGAGAGGGAAAUGGAGAGGUUUAAGCGGAAUCUGGCGGAGUUGGCGAAGGCGGAGAGUCAGCAGGUUGUGGCUACUGGAGCAGGAUCAGGCAAUGCUGGAACAGGAGGACAGGAGCAUAUUCAACAGAGAUGGAAGGCUUUGAGGGAGUUUAUUGGGGGCACGAUAGUGAAGGAGAAGGCUUUCGUGGGGACUUGAAGGGCAGGUCGACGAGGAGCGCAUCACUGUAUCGCCAUCUACGAAGGGAUCACCAACGUCUAUGGCAGUCGAUGGAGAGGUGUGUCUAGCAUGAUGUCCUGCAGCCCAGGACUUGGUGCACAGCAUUUGAGCAGUGGCCGGCGAUCGAGGUCGGGUCGCCCUCUUGGUCCUGCGCAGCGCGCGUACGAGCUCCCCUGAAGCAACGCCCAAAACCGAUCGAGGCUCUUAUCAAGCGCUUAUGCCUAUGGCCAAGGCCGCACGAAUGCACAUUGUCACGAGGCGAAGUCACUCAAGUUUCAUUGGACCCGCUCCCAAGUGUACAGCCUUAUCGCAUGCAAGAAACGCUGCAUAUGCCUCUGCUAGGCUGGUG